UUAAAAUAUGAAUCAACUCGAAGAAGUUACCCUGAAUCAGAAAAAUAUCCGUGAUAAAACAGGAUUGCCAAUCAAAAGAUUCUACUCUGUUAAAAUGCAAUGCCAAAUUUGUUUUGAUGAUUUGACAACAAACGAAGAUGAAGUCUUCAGAACAAACUGUGGAGACACCUUUCACAAAAACUGCAUCUCUAAACUAAUUGAAAACUGUUUGAAAGAAAGAUAUCAAUAACUUGUAUGUCCAUCAUAAGGCUGCAGUAAUAUUGUUGAUUUAAAUAAUAAAUAGAAGAAAAACUAUCUGCAUCACUCCUACCAAAAUUAGGAUUCAAUUUUCAAUAAAUCAACAUCUAUUUUAGCGCAUAAUUGGAUGAAUUAGUAAUUAAACAUUAAAAUAAAUUCUCAUGUUGUCCAACACUUGGAUGUUAAAACAUUUUCAUCAUCAAUCCAAGUGGAGAUCCAAUGUUUAACUGCGAAUUUUGCGAAAAAAUAUAUUGUCUGAGAUGCAAAUCUGAAUCACAUCCUUAAUACACUUGUGAAUAAUUCUAACUAACUAAAAAUAAAGAAGUAAAAAUCAAUUAAAUCAUAUUAAUUAUAGAGCAAUGAAAGAGAAUUCAAGAGGUUAGUCGAAAAUAUGAAUUGCAAAAAAUGUACCAAUUGCGGAGCUUGGAUCUUGAAAGAAAAAGUAAGAGACUUGUCUGAUUAUAGGGAUGCAAUCACAUGAAAUGCAAAUGCACUUACGAAUUCUGCUAUAGAUGUGGAAGAAAGUAUAGACACCCAGACUGCAAAUGUCCCUUGUUUGACAGAGACAAUUUACCCUAACCAUGAAAAAAAAUACAUAAC